UAACCCCGCGAUGUUGCCAUACUGUCACAUUAGUUUCGGGUGAAUAGUAGACGCUGAGGAGAUCUGAGAAAGAUUCAUAGACAAUUGUGCAUAAAUAGAUCUCGACUGAACGACCUCGAAGUCCAUAAUCAUUCCACAUAAACUCAUUCAUCUCCUCAUUUCGCCAUAGAAUCUGUAUUUCCCUGAUUCAUAGAUCAUUGCCUAGAUCACCGCCCGCCUAGACACAUAUUAACCGACAGUUUCAACCACACCUCAAAAUGCCGAAGGUACUACUCACUGGUGGAUCAGGCUUCAUCGCCGCGCACGUCCUGGACAUCCUCCUAAAGCGCGGAUACGAAGUAAUAACCACCGUACGCUCCGAAACCAAAGCCACGCAAAUCCGCACCAAAUACCCGAACGCCCCGCUCUCCGUCGCCAUAGUCCCAGACAUCGCAGCCCCCAACGCCUUCGACGACGUGCUAGCCCAAAACGGGUCCGGGCUCGACUACGUACAGCACACAGCCUCGCCCUUCCACUACAAAUGGAAAGACGCGCGCACCGAAGUCCUCGACCCCGCCAUCAACGGGACCAACUCGGUCUUCGCGGCCAUCGCCAAGCACGCCCCCGCCGUCAAGCGCGUAGUCGUAACAAGUUCGUUCGCGGCGAUAAUCACAGAGGGUGAUUUAGUAAACCCCGCGCGUACGUUCUCCGAAGCCGAUUGGAACCCGAGUACAUACGAGGACGGGUUAACCGGUGCUCCGGCGACGACAUACCGUGUCUCCAAAAAAUACGCCGAGAAAGCGGCGUGGGAUUUUGUAAAGAAUAAACCGGGUUUCGAUGUCGCUACUAUCUGCCCGCCGAUGGUAUUCGGCCCCGUAGCACACCACCUAGACUCACUCUCCGGGAUCAACACCUCCAACUCGCGGUUCGUCGACCUAAUCCAAGGAAAAUGGAAAACCGAAAUCCCGAAUUCUGGCGUAUUCGUAUGGGUCGACGUGCGCGACGUAGCCGAAGCGCACGUUCGCGCUAUGGAGCUUCCCGAAGCGGGUGGGAAGCGAUUUUUCACCACGGCGGGGUACUACGAUAACCGCUCCAUCCUACGCGUUGUUUCCGCGGCUAAGGUCCCUGAAUUAGUAGAGAAAGAUGCGUUACCGACGGAUGUCGAUGCUGUUAAGGGAGCACCCGGAGCGGACUUUGCACAGGAGAAGGUGCAUAAAUUUGAUAACGCAUUCACGACGAAGACGUUGGGUAUUAGUUGGACGCCUUUGGAGAAGACAGCGGUAGAUACGGUGAAGAGCUUGUUGCAGAUUCCCGCGUGAGGGUAGGUCGCACAGCAGGUACUCUCGUAGGUACUUGUUUCGUCGUAGAAACUGGAAGAUGGUUAGAUGAAGAAGAGAGGUAGACAUUGUCACGAUGAAACUGCAGCUCAGAUAUCACCUGAAUACAAGCGAUUUAUGGACUAUUUUUUCAUUCUUUGAUAUUGAUGUGAGGUCUGCCUGUUAUAUCUACUUGUGAGGCUUGAGGAAUAAGACUCUCUUGGGUGCUUAGUCAGACCGAGCUAUAUAUCAUAAAGUAGGAGGGUGGGGAAGUCCGUGACUGGCCAGUGUCAUCAUGAG